AUGGAGACACCCUCAGAGUCGACAUUGCCGUCCAAUGUGGACAAGGCCGAAAUAACCGCACCGCGUGGUGGUGAGGCCUGGGCCAUAGACUUCUCAUUGCCAAGGGUGCGGCGAAAGAUCACAAGGAAGGAGCGUGAUGCUCUCAUCUCCAGUCGCAUACGGCAGCAAAUGCAGCAGCUGCAGCGGCCCUCAUCAGGGGCGAAGAAGAAGGGUGAGGGAGAAAUGAUGCGAGUCGGACAGGCAGCGGACAGCGAAGAUAACCGACACAUGCGGAUUGUAGCCGUUGAUGGCAUGGCAGACCUUAGUGAUCUGGUGCCCCAAAACCUCACCACCACACGUGAGGACUUAGAAGAACGACUUUGUCUGCGUCUCCCACGCCUACUCAGUGUGACAAAACAAUAUCCAAAGAGCUGCGGUGUGUCCUCGCUGGCGUCUAUAUGGAACUAUCUGUACACACGUCUGGGCGAGGCUGAUGUGGGCGUCUCUCGUGCGCCUGUGGCGCAGGAGGAAAUCAUGACCAUUCUUGGCUUUGCGCCGCCGUUUGAUGAGAUUUCGUGGGGCCCUUUCACAGGCAAUGGGACCCUCUUUCGGUGGUUUCAUGCCAUCAACCGCCACUUUGGCGUUAAGGGACGGGCGUACAUGUUGUACAAGCCUCAGGGAAAGGGUCGUACAAGCUGCACGGCGGAGGAGGCCCUACGGGAGCUAAAACGCGUUUUGCGUGACCCCCACGCUGCGGUGGUGUACCAUUGCCACAACCACUACAUGGUGCCCGUUGGAUAUCAGGAGAUUCCACUGGCGCAAACGGAUUUUUACGCUCCGCAGGUGCCGGAGUCGAAUACGGAGACGACUAUCUUUAUAGGUGAGGUGAGUCGUGGUCGGCACGAGGCAAUGUACGCGAGAAAGUGGAGCGAAAUUGUGAAGGACCUCAUGUGCCGCUCCCCACAGUUUUACAACAUACGCCGGCCUGAAAUGGGAAUACAGAAACGCGUGCCGAAGAAGAAGAAUAAUGAUGCGAAGGGCGAUGACGAGGCGGCAGCGGCAACGGCGGCGGAGCAGCAGCAGCAGCAGCAGCAGGAUCAGCGGGAGAGCAAGACACCCGUCAGCGCUUUGUCUCCGCCACCAACAUCUCUUUUUGAGGCGAAAAUUGCCCCUGUUGCGAGCGGCAGCGACACGACAACAACGGCCGGGGCGGGCACAAGGAGAAAGAAAAAGACGGGAGGGGGCAAUUUGCACUGCCUGAUUUGCUUCCGCAGCGACGAAGUGGAAGAGCACCCGGAGCGCUACGAGGAUCCCUCCACCGACUCAAACAGCAGCAGCAGCAGCAGCAGCAGCAUUGAAAGCGACAACAACGAGAAAGAAGGCAUGGAUGAUGUAGAAGCAGAGUAUUUCUGA